AUGGCAGAUUGGGGUCCUGUCUUAGUAGCAACAGUGCUGUUCGUUUUGCUGUGUCCUGGACUGUUGUUUCAGAUCCCUGGUAAGAACAAGGUUGUCGAGUUUGGGAACAUGCAUACCAGUGGAGCUUCCAUUGUUGUCCACACUGCUAUCUACUUUGGUCUCAUUACCAUCUUUUGUAUUGCCAUUGGAGUUCACAUCUACGCUUCCCAAUGAUCUUAGAUUUUGUACCCUUUUUGUUUCUCAUUUCAGUGUCUCUUUCUUCUGUUCUUGUCGUUGGUUUUGCUUCAUCUGUAUGAAAUAGUUUUGGGUUGUAAUUGGAUGGAUGAAAAUGAACCAUUUUGCUAAGUUCUGUGUGCUUAGCUUUAUUGCCUGUCUGGAAAACGUGGGAUUUGAUCCUACAACUACUACUGAAUGAUAAAGGUGUGGAUCCAAUUGAAGUACAUUUUCCGUGAUUUGCUGUCUUUUUCAAGGCAAUGUGAUAUGCUUCCAAAUUAUAGAAAGAUAUUGAUUGUGCCAAGCUGUCAGCUAUCUACAAAAUUAUGAAAUCACCCAUAUAGUUCAAUGUCAGAAUAUGACAUUAGAGCUGAUC